AUGGUCACUUACUCAUACACAUUACCUGGCAGUAUGGUCAGAUUCAACCCCGAUUGCCAAUCUGAAGCACUAGAAUUCCACUACCUAGACUCACCAUUCUACCUCUCAGUAUCCACCAGAAAUACCCGUCAUGCUCUUUUCCACUGCCAGCAACGUCUCAAGCAUCUGACAGAUUCCUCAAUACAAGAGGCCUCCUCGCCAACACCCUCGCCACCGGGCUCUAUACACCACCGCACACCUCGUGAUUGGGGGGUUCUACCACCGGCCGACUUAGCCUCCCGGCUGACACCUCUGCCGGAGAGGUCUCACCAAAAUGCCCCUCCCGCCACCACACAGCUGCCGGCCGGCCUUUCCGGCCCAACGCCGCGCCACACCGACGGCCAAGUCCUCAGCCCUCUACUCCAGCUGAACCAAGCAUACUGGAGCACAUUGAGCCGCCAAAUGCAUACUCAAGAGGUUACUGCUAGCCAUGGAAACACCAGUGACAACAGCCACUAUGACUUAUCCGAGGGGUGGGAGAACACGUAA